GUAAUCCCUCUGAUUACAGUCCAUUCGAGCAUUCUUGCCAGCGGCGCGCUGCCGAUAAAGGUCCAUCGUGAAAGCAUCCCAGACGAAAUGGUCCCAGGGAAAUGGGAGCAUCAAAGUUAUUCUGCCCGACCAUGCCCAAACUUGAAAACUUCAGCGCCGGGUCGUCAUUCCAACCUUUGUCCGUCUCCAUGACCAAGGUUACGUCUUAUGGGCAGAUCCGAUAUUUAUCGAAUAAGUCGACGCCGAGAUAUGCAAAAGGCCUUUCCAAGGUUGGGCGGUUAUGGUUGUUUAUAAAAGUGCAUGGGAAGGGUUUCUGGUCUAGG